CGACAUGAAAGGAUUAGCACUUUCUUAUUAUUCUUCAUAGAAAAACAGUCAUCAAUUAUUGGAUCCAGAAUCUCACUGUAACUUGAAGAAGACUUUGGCUUGGGGAAAAUAUCCUGUUCAUCAAUGUUUCAGACACCUUCUUCUUCCUUAAACACUCCCAGUGAAAAUUGCAGGUGUUGAUUAUUUUGGUUGUGAUUUGCAUUGUGGGGAAAUAUGGGUGGGAGGAGUUCAAAGGAUGACGGGGGUUUGAGGCGGAAUAGUUAUAGUUCGAGGUCUUCUUCUUCUUCUUGGGGUGGUGGUUAUCCUCAAGUUCCAUCGUAUGCACCACCUCACCAAUCCUAUCCUCCACCGCAGUAUUCAUAUUCACCGCCGCAGCAGGAAGAGAGCCAAGGAUAUGCACCCCAGCAGCAGCAGCCAGCAUCUCCUCCUUCACAGUAUUCCAGUCCUCCCCAGCCGGAUUAUGGCGGGAAGAGGAAGAUGGACAGGAGGUAUUCUAGGAUUGCUGACAAUUACAACUCCCUCGAGCAGGUGACUGAGGCUCUUGCGCGUGCUGGACUUGAGUCUUCCAAUCUGAUAGUUGGUAUUGAUUUCACUAAGAGCAAUGAGUGGACAGGCAAGAACUCGUUUAACAGAAAAAGCUUGCAUCACAUUGGGGGUGGUCAGAAUCCAUAUGAACAUGCAAUUACCAUUAUUGGGAAAACAUUGGCUGCAUUUGACGAGGAUAACAUCAUUCCGUGUUAUGGUUUUGGAGAUGCAUCAACUCAUGAUCAAGAUGUUUUUAGUUUCUACCCAGAUGAUAGACAUUGCAAUGGAUUUGAGGAAGUGUUGACUCGGUACAAGGAAAUUGUUCCUACUCUUCGCCUUUCUGGACCAACUUCAUUUGCACCUAUAAUUGAAAUGGCCGUGACUAUUGUUGAGCAGAGUGGUGGACAAUACCAUGUCCUAGUGAUAAUUGCAGAUGGACAGGUAACCAGAAGUGUUGAUACUGAGCGUGGCAAGCUAAGUCCACAGGAACAGAAGACAGUUGAUGCAAUAGUUGAAGCAAGCAAGUUCCCUCUAUCAAUUAUAUUAGUUGGUGUUGGAGAUGGGCCCUGGGACAUGAUGAAAGAGUUUGAUGACAAUAUUCCUGCUCGGGCAUUUGAUAAUUUUCAAUUUGUGAACUUUAUGGAGAUUAUGUCAAAGAAUGUGCCUUCUCUGCGAAAGGAGACUGAAUUUGCUCUUGCAGCGUUGAUGGAAAUUCCGCCUCAGUAUAAAGCGACAAUAGAGCUUAAUCUCCUAGGUGGUCGGAAGGGCAAUUCUCCGCACAGGGUUCCUCUCCCACCACCUCUCUAUGGUGCAUCGUCUUUCCAGAGUUCGAAACCUUCAUAUGGUGCGUCGUCUUUCCAGAGUUCGAAACCUUCAUAUGGUGCUCCGUCUUUCAGCAAACCUUCUGCUGAGCCUAGUUUUCCUCCUUAUUAUGAAGACAACAGUUCAUCCACUACAGCCACAGCUCCACCUGCUACCAGUUCUAGUUAUGAUAAUCAGGUUUGCCCCAUCUGCCUUACAAAUUCAAAAGACAUGGCCUUUGGUUGUGGGCAUCAGACGUGUUGCGACUGCGGAGAAAAUCUUCAGACGUGCCCGAUAUGCCGAAGCCCAAUUCAGACCAGAAUAAAACUCUAUUAACAAGCUGCUGUUUCCGUAUAAAUCCGUCUCGUUAGUGAAGGCUGCUGACAUUCUUUGAUUUUAUUUGUUCUUUUGGCGCUCAGUAUAUUCCUUGUAGUUCAAUUCCUUCUUUAGACGUUCAGGGUGGUUAGGUUUUGCAGACUUUACAACUUGAGAAAUGUCGCCACAAUCUGUAUAUCCUUGUAA